CCGCUCGGCGAAUCUGGAUUUUCAUCGAAGAGGCGCAGCUCGUGCCUACGGGAACCGGGAGGCAGGAGGGUGGCAUCGUCGGUGGCGGCAUGGUGAGAAACGCCCUCUCUCCCUCCGCCUCUCAGCCCCGUGGACUGUUCGCGGAGAUGGAGCAAGUGGAGUCACGCGAAAGGACGUACCCGGUGACGGAGGGAUUCUGCUGCCUCAUCCAGGAAUUGGUGCAACACGACCUGCCGUACAAUCUCGGAGAGAAGACGCGCUACCGAGGGGCUUCGGGCAUACAACCGUACGUGGCCUACCUGUUGAAGUGCGUGCUAAUCCCGGAGCUGAGGUUCGCUGAUGCCGGAGAGAGGUGGAGAGUGGCGGCGAGAGUGCUCCAGGUGAUGCUGACUCUGCUGAGGAGGUACCCGCUGGCAGGGGAAGGCGGCGGCGUCAACCCGGGGCCUUCGUCGAUGGCUACCCCGGAAGACGAGGAGGCGUGUAGAUUGGACUUCGACCCCAGGGCUCCCUCCUCGUCUUCUUCCUCCUCGCAGGUUAGACUUACUGUAAUGUCGUUUUCUGCAGCACUGGAGGGGGGGCUCUUCCGGCAGAUGGUCCAGGUUCUCAAGGGUCCCGGGCGUCACGGCGACGGCGGAGUGGCUGGGCUGAAGGCGGCGAGGGUGAAGGCGGCUGCGAGCACGGCGCUGAAGCAGGGUCUGAUGCUGCUCGGUGGCCGAAAGAACGAGGCGGACGGAGGUUCCCUGGCUUCGGCCGACAGGUUUGGCGUCGGCGCCGGCGCCGGCAGUGGCCUGGGGGGGCCGCAGCAGGCAGGGUUGGCUACAACCCCGCCCCCAGCGGCGGAGCCGAAGCUAGACCCCGUCGAGCAGGGAGGGCCCGGCCCGGACUGGUCUUGGUGGCGCGAGAGGUGCGUCCUCUUGUCGCUGAGCAUGCUGGAGGCGGCUUCCGAGCGAGAGAAGGCGUUCGUGGAUCAGUGGAGGGCCAGGGUGUCGGCAGGAGGGCUGGACGACUACGACGAAGAUGGGGGUCGGGGGGGAAGGGGGAGGGGGGGGGCGGGAGGGGGGGGCACGCUGGCGCCCCCGGCGUACCUCGGGAAUUUGCUCUCGGAGCAAAACACGAUCGCCGUUGUGGCCAGGUACAUUGAGUACGACGGAAACAUGGUGAUCCCUCUGUUGUCGACGUCGGUCCUCCUGUCCUGCGGCCGAAACCUCCCCGCCGGAAACAUGAUGGCUACGCUCAUGGCGUCCGAUCCUCGCGAGUGCAACGCCCUGGCGGAGGCGUACACGUACUGCCUCGCCGCCGACGGUCUCAGCCUGGGGGGCAAUAACCUCCCUUCUCUGGAGGAGAUGCUGUGCCCCCCCAACAGGGAGGCCGACGGAGACUUCAUGACCCUCGACACCGCCCUCAUCGGCGCCGGGACGGGCGAGCGUAACUGGGGGGGCGACGAGGGGGCGGUGGGAUGA